UAUAUGAGUCUCUCACCUUUUAAAACCCUGUCUAAAUUUUUUAUUAAAUGUAAAAUGUUUUGAAUUUCAGUUAAGAACUCAAAAUUUGCACUUUCUUUCGGCCCUCCACGGCACCAAAUUUAGUGUCGGACAUUCAGCAGCAUGCAGGCUAUGUUGACUGGGGAAAGAUACUUAAAAUUGUUCAGGAACUGCAGGCGUUUUUAUAGCCAAAACAAGACAAUGCUGCCACAUGAAUACCUCUGCGAAUCGUCCACAAGGGAACAGAGUAUCAAGACGUCAGCUAUUCCUGCUCCGCCGCCGCCACCAACCCAUAGACCAUGCACCUGCAAGACACAACCUAGUCUCCACGCGCACUCCUCAUUGCUUAGAACAAUCAACACUUUGAACUGGACAUCUGGUGGGAUCAACGGUCCGCCAAGGGCACCGACUACGGAGACGCUGCCCUCCUUCUGCGAACGCUUCCCAGGCGAGACACCCUACUCGUGGUAUCGACCACCGCAGCCACCGCCAAUUCAUAAAGAUGCUGGCCCAAAAACCCGCCCUGAUAUCCCUCCUCCGCCACCGCCACCACCUCCUGCAUUACCAGUCGGAACACCCCGUAGACCGUACAACUGGAUGACACCACCUAGGCACAGCCCGGACCUAUUCGCAAAUCUCAUCACUGUGAGAUGGGCAUCCGGGAAGUGCACUGGUCCGCCGAAUGAGCCCCCUACGGAGAAGCCGCCCUCGUUCUGCGAGAGUAUUCCGGAACCGCCGUGCUCGUCUGAGCCACCACCAUGUGAGAAGGUAGCACCGCUGCCACAAUCGAAGCCUCCACCAAUUGACAAAGACUGCAAGGCGACUGAGGAGAGACUUCCAUGCCCUAAAAGAGAACCAAGGAAGGAAAAGAAAAAAAAGCAGGCUACCCAAGAAUCUUCGGCAAAAGCAUCCAAAGAUGGUGCAUCCAAGGGUAGUGCCCCCAAAGCUACUCCACCUAAAGAUGCACCCCCCAAAGCUGCUGCACCCAAAACUGCUGCCCCCAAAUCUGCUGCCCCCAAAUCUGCUGCCCCUAAAGCUGCUGUUCCCAAAGCUGCUCCUCCCAAAGAUGCAGCCCCUAAAGCUACUACACCUAAAGAUGCUCCCCCCAAAGCUACUGCUCCUAAAAAUGAUCUCCCAAAGGCUGCUGCUCCCAAGGCUGCUGCUCCAAAAGCUGCUCCUCCCAAAGAUGCCGCCCCCAAAGCUGCUCCUCCCAAAGAGGCCGCCCCCAAAGAAGCUGCUCCCAAAGCUGCUGCAAUUCCUCCUCCCCCACCGCCACCACCUCCUGGAGUACCCGUAAAUAAGCCGCAGGAACCCCCAGUUGGCGCCGAACCAGCACCCAAACCCUCUCCGCCCACGCCGCCUCCACCAAUGCCACCUGCCGCUUCCCAACCAGGAUUAAUACAGUACAAGUCCGCUAUGCCCAAUUCCCCUAGUCCUUGUGAAAGGCCCCCAAAAGAAAAAGAGGAAGCAGGAGCCUGCACCGCCGAAGAGUCAGAGGAGGAACCACAAUGUCCAAAAGAAGAGAAGGAGCCUGAAAAACCACCUAAUCCCUGCCUGUUGGCAUUUAUGGAAAGGAACCGUCUCGAGGGUAAGCCGCCACCAAAGGGAGGCUGCUAUGUGCUUAAGACCUCUCGCCGAAAAUCAGCAUGUCCUCGAGACAAAGAGGAAGCCAGCUCUGAAAGUAAACCAUCUCCCAAAGAAGGAUCUAGUUCUAGAUGCAAGUCAGCUGCCAAAGAAGGAGCCAGUUCUAAGUGCAAGUCAGCUCCCAAAAAAGAAGCUAGUUCUAAAACGAAGCAGCUUCCCAAAGAGGGACCCAGCUCUAAACCGAAACCACCUCCCAAGGAAGGCCCCAGCUCUAGGUGCAAGACAGCUCCCAAAGAAGCCGCAAGCUCUAAACCGAAACCAUCUCCCAAAGAAGGACCCAGUUCUAAAUGCAAGCCCCAGCCCAAGGAAGGACCCAGUUCUAAAUGCAAGCCCCAGCCCAAGGAAGGACCCAGUUCCGGCUGCAAACCCUCUCCCAAGGAAGGACCCAGUUCCGGCUGCAAGUCCGCUAUCAAGGAAGGAGCCAGUUCUGGCUGCAAGCUCUCUCUCAAGGAAGGACCCAGUUCUGUAUGCAAGCCCUCUGCCAAAGAAGGAACCCGUCCUAAGGGCAAACCCUCAUCUAAAGGCCCUGCUUGUCCGGGAAGCAAGCCCCCUCCCAAAGACGCGGCCAAACCCUCAUCUAAGGGCCCUGCCGGUCCUGGAAGCAAGCCCCCUCCCAAGGAAGGAGUCAGAACUGGAAGCAAGCCCUUAUCCACAGCACCAAGAAGUCCUGCGGGACAGUCCCCAUCCAAGGGACCAGCCAGUCCCGGCAAGCCACCCUCUCCUCAGACAGUCAGUAAGGCAAUGACCACAGCAGCAAUUGUACAGCCUAAGGUCACGGCUAAUGCCCCACCUCCUGCACCCCCACCUGCACCGAAGCUCAAAGCAAAGGCGGCGCCUCUAAAGCCCAAGGCCAAGAGUCCUAAGACACCGCCCCCACCGCCGACGAGCGUGGAUCCCUCGUCCAGCCAAUGCACCCAAGCCGGAGGCGAUCAGAGCCACUGUGAGGCAAAUAAAGCCCAGCUACUGUGUCAGCCGGUGGUGCCACUAAAGGACACCAUCCAGCGAUAUCUGUGCAGCAUUCAACCGCACCUGGAGCCCGACGAAUUCCUGGAGGAGCAGAAACUAACCCUCGAGUUCCAGGAUGGCGAAGGCGCGAAGCUGCAGAAGAUGCUGGAGGAUGUGGCCUCGUGCAGCAGCAAUUGGCUGACACCGCGCUGGACAAAUGCCGCCUACUUGGGCUACAGAGCACCGGUUACCAUCUUCUCGAGUCCCUGCCUGACCUUGCCCAUGCAGGACUUUAAAACCGAACGGGACCUCAGGCUGUUCACGGCCAAGGUGAUCUUCGGGAUGUGCGAGUUCAAGGAGCUGGUGGAUAACAAUGGCAUACCCGUGACAAAGAUGUGCUGCCACGAACUGGACAACAGUCAGUUUAGGAAGAUCUUUGGCACGGUGCGAAGGCCGGGACGCUUCUGCGAUUCCAUCGAGCAGAACAAUGAGUCGCAGUACGUGGUGGUCAUCCAUAGAAAUAAUUUCUUUAAGCUACCUGUCAUUGGCGCGGACUGCAAGAUUGUUCAUGUCCACAGUCUGGCCGAUCAACUGGGGAGCAUUCUCCACUGUCCCAUGGAGAGGGGCGUGCCUAUUGGCCUCCUCACCCACGACAAUCGCGACAACUGGGGCGAGGCCUAUACGUAUCUCUGUCGUCCUGAGGGCAACAACGAGUCCAUUGUCCACGCCAUCGAGCAGUCGCUCUUCGUCGUCUGCCUGGACGAUUGCGUGAAUGUGCCCAGGAAAGGAGCUAGUGCCGUGCACGCCGCCCAGCUCUUGCAUGGCGGCGGUCGCCAUCAGAACAGCGCCAAUCGUUGGAUGGACAAGACGAUCCAGCUGAUUGUCAAUCCCAACGGCAUGGCUGGCUUCUGCUACGAGCACGCACCCGCCGACUGUCAGCCGCUGGCCAUGCUCAUGGACUUUGUGCAGCGGAAUAUAACUCAACCAAACUAUGGCUGCCAGUGCUGCAGCACCUCCAAGACGAAAGCAGCCACCGUGCUCUGCUUUGAUCCGUUCAGCGAUUGCGUGGAUCUGUUCCUGUGCGAGGCGAAGCGCAACAUUGACAAGAUCUGCAGCCGGCUGCAGUUGCACGUCUUCAAGUACGAGUGUCACGGGAAGAGCUUCAUCAAGGCGCAAGGCUUGAAUGCGGACAGCUACAUACAGAUGGCCCUGCAGUUGGCCUACUACAAGUUCCACAGCAAGCUGCCGGCCCAGUACGAGUCGGCUCACCUGCGGAUGUUCGAGGAGGGACGCACGGAGACCAUACGCUCCACGUCGCGGGAGUCUCGCGCCUUUGUCGAGGCCAUGGCCCAGUCGCCGGGCUCCAGCAAGAAGCGUCUGAUGGCUCUCCGCUCAGCAGUGGACUCCCAUCAGGAGCUGACCAAACUCGCCCUGCAGGGGCGGGGCAUCGACCGGCAUCUGUUGGGGCUGCAGCUGAUGGCCAAGGAGAACGGUCUGCCGACGCCCGAGUUCUUUAAGUCGAAGGGGUUUACCAAGUCCGUCAGCUUCCAGGUGUUCAGCUCCCAGGUGGCCAGCAGCCAUGAUGCCUUCAUGGCGUACGGGCCCCUGAUCGCCAACGGCUAUGGCUGCUGCUACAAUCCACGCGACAAGGAAAUUAUAUUCUCCGUCUCGGCAUGGGGCCCCAACAAGGAAACCGAUCCCGUGCUAUAUGGCAAGGCGAUAAAAAAGGCCUUGGACGCCAUGAGAAAGCUGGUCCUCAGGACGGGCGGCGAUCGUGUGGGCGAAGAUGUCUGCAAGUGCCCCGAUGUGGGACCACCCCAGUAGAGCUGUCGCACACCUCAGGGCAAACACACUUUCGCCAUCUUUCGCUUUAUUUCUUCCACAGACGACUGCGAGUAUGUGCAUGCGCCGAGAGCCACUUUAAGUGGGUUCGGGUUCAGGGUCAGGGCCGUGCUUAAAAGCCAAAACAAUAAGCAUUACUCAUGCCCGAAACACGCUCUCCUCUGGCCAGGCCCAAUCGUGGUGGCGAUCGAGAGAAUAUUAGCCUGGCUCGGGGAGAGAUUGUGAGCGAAAGAGAUCACUCAACUGCAGCCCACGGGGAUCGAGGGGAGAUCAGUCACUUGUUAAUUAAUAAGUCAAUCGAGUCAGAUGCAAAUGUAAUAAUAUAUCAUACGACAUACACCGAAAGAGAGAUUUUAAGAGAAAUAAAUGUAUAAAGAGAGACACACACUGUUUAGAU